ACCUAAAACCAGUGAAAUAUUCAGAAAACUAUUAAAAUCUAGCCGAAUAAAGAGAGAAUAAACGCAGAAAUGGCAUUUAUGUUGAGUAACACAUUGUCUAGAGUGUGUAUUAAGUCAUUGGAGGAUAAAUUAUUCGCUUUAACCAUUUCAGCCAAUUCGCAACAAAUACGUGAAAGGCAUAAGUUAAACCCGAAGCCAAGGCUUAGAAACCCGGUUUGGUUUACUAGGAAAGAUAAAACUAGUCCUGAUGAUACUGUAACACUAGAAAAUAAAGAAUUCCUCAAGGAAGUUGUGGCUGAUAAGCUCGCAGCACAAACACCAUUAGAAAAAGAGCUGCUGACUAAUUUAGCACCUGCAGAAUGGGCAGCUCCUUUAAGGAGAACUGGUGUAAUUGCCAGAAAGAUUGGUAUCUAUCCCAUGUGGACUAAAGAGGGAAAGAAAAUAUCAGCAACUUUACUUCAAGUAUUAGAUAACCAUGUCAUCAAAUACUACCCACCCGGUGAAUACCAACCAGGCAGAGAAAGACCUGUACCUGUCAGAAACCCAAAAGGCUGCCUCCUGAUUGGUGCGGAAGCAACUGAUCCCACACAACUCACAAAAGAAUACUGCGGCUUAUUCAAACACUCUGGAGUAGUGCCAAAGAAACAUCUAGCGCGAUUUUACAUCAGUCCAGAGGCAAUGCUACCAGUGGGCACACCACUAGGCGUUUUACACUUUCAAGUCGGCAAUGUCGUUGACGUCAGAGGCAAAACAAUCGAUCGUGGAUUCCAAGGUGUAAUGAAACGCCACGGCUUCAAAGGUAUGCCUGCAUCUCACGGCGUGACCAAAACACAUCGUCGUGGUGGAAACAUCGGCGGUGGUGGAGAGAAGGCACGUGUAUGGCCCGGAACCAAAAUGCCUGGUCACAUGGGCAACCGAUUCCGGAUUCUACGUGGAUUGGAGAUUCUACGCAUCAAUACCAAGCACAAUGUGUUGUUUGUGAUUGGACAGGCUAUCCCUGGUGAAACCAACUCUAUUGUCACGAUUUAUGAUACGUUAUUGCCCAGGAGAAAACCCGCCGCGUUGAAAUUCCCCACGCAUUUGAGUAGUGAUGAAGCUUUGCCUGAAAACAUCUACACGGAAGGCAUUCAUGCUUUCAGUGAUCCUACAAUUGAGUUUAAUGAAAGUUAAGCAAUGAUAUUUUGUAUCUUAGAAUAAAAAUAACCUAAAAACUUAAAA